AUGCACUUUCCGGAUGCAACUGCUGGUUGGACACUACUGUUUCCUGGGGAGUUCACUUUGUGUAGAUUGGACCGGACGAACCGGCCCGAUAGUCUCUAUAAAUUUAGGGCGGCGAAGGUACUCCUAAAACCUCCGCCGCAACUCUUGUCUGCCAGACGUGCUCCGCUGCCUGCCGCCAUCGUCGUCAUCAUGGCCGAAGAGAACCAACACUUAGAAUCCGGCGGGAAUGGAGCCAUGGAGAUGACAAAGAAGAAGCGCAAGAGAAACAGAGACAAAAAGAACGCGAAAUCAAUUAAGGAUCGUCGCGAGGAACAGGAACAAGGCGAAGAGUCGGGGCCUGGUGAAGGCGAAGAGAAGUAUGAAUCUGUGGAAGGGAAGAAGAAAGAGGUGAAAAGGAAGAAGAGAACGAAGACUGCGGAAGAAAACGAGGAAAAAGAAGAGGCAGAAGAGGAGGGAGAAGAAGAGGAGGGAGAUAAGGGGAUUGACUUGAAUAAAGAUGCAAAGAAGAGUGCAUCUGGCAUCAUGAGUGGCGAGGCAUUUUCGACGCUGCCAAUUUCCGAGCCUACCAUGAAUGCUAUCAAAGAUAUGGGUUUCCAGUACAUGACUCAGAUACAAGCCGGAUCGAUUCCGCCUCUAUUAGAAGGCAAAGACGUUCUUGGAGCUGCAAGAACUGGUUCAGGGAAAACCCUUGCUUUUUUGAUCCCCGCGGUGGAAUUACUGCAUCACAUUCGUUUUACCCCUCGAAACGGCACUGGAGUUAUUGUUAUUUGUCCAACAAGGGAAUUAGCCAUUCAGACACAUGCUGUGGCAAAGGACCUCCUGAAGUAUCAUUCACAGACACUAGGACUAGUUAUUGGUGGUGCAGCACGAAGAGGAGAGGCAGAGCGAAUUGCUAAAGGAGUAAAUUUGUUAGUAGCAACUCCUGGUCGACUCCUUGAUCAUCUUCAAAAUACAAAGGGCUUCAUAUAUAAAAACUUGAAGUGUCUCAUGAUUGAUGAAGCUGAUAGGAUCUUGGAAGCUAAUUUUGAAGAAGAAAUGAAACAAAUUAUUAGGAUUUUGCCAAAGGCAAGGCAGACAGCUCUUUUCUCUGCUACCCAAACAAAAAAGGUAGAGGAUCUUGCACGGUUAUCAUUUCAGACAGCUCCUGUCUACAUUGAUGUGGAUGAUGGAAGGAAACGGGUCACUAAUGAAGGCCUGCAGCAAGGCUAUUGUGUUAUCCCUAGUGCCAGGAGAUUUAUUCUUCUUUAUUCCUUCUUGAAGAGGAACUUGUCAAAAAAAGUGAUGGUUUUCUUUUCAUCCUGCAAUUCGGUGAAAUUUCAUUCUGAACUUCUCAGAUACAUCCAAAUUGAUUGUUUUGAUAUCCAUGGAAAGCAAAAGCAGCAGAAACGAACGUCAACCUUUUUCGAUUUCUGCAAAGCUGAGAAGGGUAUAUUAUUAUGUACAGAUGUAGCUGCACGUGGUCUCGACAUUCCGUCGGUGGAUUGGAUUGUGCAAUAUGAUCCCCCAGAUGAGCCUAAGGAAUAUAUUCAUAGAGUUGGUCGAACUGCACGAGGGGAAGGUGCUAAAGGAAAUGCUCUCCUUUUCCUGAUUCCAGAGGAGUUACAAUUUCUUCGAUACCUCAAGGCUGCUAAAGUGCCUGUCAAAGAAUACGAAUUUGAUCAGAAGAAAUUAGCAAAUGUUCAAUCUCACCUGGAAAAGUUGGUCGCCAACAACUAUUAUCUCAACAAAUCAGCGAAAGACGCAUACAGGUCUUAUAUCUUGGCAUACAAUUCCCACUCCAUGAAGGACAUCUUUAAUGUGCACCGGCUAGACCUACAGGCUGUUGCUGCUUCCUUCUGUUUUUCGUCUCCUCCCAAGGUGAACUUGAACAUAGACAGCAAUGCUUCCAAGUUCAGAAAGAAGUCGCGCAAAAUUGAAGGCAUUCGACAUGGAUUUAGCGAGAGCAAUCCAUACGGAAAGAAAAGUGAAAACGAAACUCGGCAAUUUGUUAGGUACUAGGCGUAGCUUGCCUACACAAACAUGCUCCAUAUCUAUGUGUCUGGCGAUCAAAGAGUCAGCAUCGCCCUUCAGUUUUGAGGUUUGUAACAAAAUUAUUUCCAAAAUUUUCAAGAAAUCCACUGCAAAUUUAUAUUAUUACUACAAGAAGAUUGUUUGUUUUCCGCUAGUGUUGCACCAUUAGUUUGCUUACCAUUUUGAUGCAUUUAAUUUUGUAAACAGAUUAUUGUGAAAGCUGUUAUAAUAGUUACUCUGAUUCCUUUC